AUGACGGACAAAACUAAUUACAAUGCAGAAGAAUACGGGGCGCCUGUCAACAAUGACGGGGAUGCGAAGAGCUUCCGGUCGUGCGACGAGGAGAUAGCCGUCGACCCUAUGCAUGCGCCGUUGAAGCGGCAAUUGCAGUCCCGACACUUGCAGAUGAUUGCGAUCGGAGGAAUCAUUGGUCCUGGAUUGCUGGUCGGGUCUGGUACUGCUUUAAACGAGGGCGGCCCAGGAGGUGUUCUGAUCAGUUUUUCCCUGGUUGGUAUCAUCGUGUUCUUCGUCAUGCAAGCUCUGGGUGAGAUGGCGACCAUCAUCCCCGUGUCUGGCUCGUUCGUCGAGUACGCGCAGCGCUUUGUCGAUGAUUCUCUUGCAUUCGCUUUGGGAUGGGCAUAUUGGUAUCUGUGGGUGACGGUUCUGGCCAACGAAUAUAAUUCGAUAUCGCUUGUCAUCGGAUACUGGACCGAAGUUGUCCCUCAAUGGGGUUGGAUUCUUAUUUUUUGGGUGCUUUUUCUAUGUCUGUCCAAUUUGGGUGUUUUAGCAUACGGGGAGAUGGAAUUCUGGCUUUCUCUCAUCAAGGUGUUGUCUCUGAUUGUAUUUUUUAUUUUGGCAAUUUGCAUCAGCGCUGGUGCAAUUGGACCGCGCAAAAUUGGAUUUGCAUACUGGCAUGAUCCGGGAGCAUUUGCGGAUUCGAUCAAUGGCGUUGCCAAAACAUUUGUGGUGGCGGGAACCCUCUAUGCUGGCACAGAGAUGGUGGGAAUUACUGCUGGAGAGUCAUCUAAUCCUCGAAAAGCUGUGCCAAUAGCAAUUCGACAGGUUUUUUGGCGGAUUAUGAUCUUCUAUAUUGGAACCAUGUUCUUCAUUGGCAUCCUUAUUCCCUACAAUGACAAACAUCUGCUGGGUUCAAACUCGAAAACAGCCAGUUCUCCAUUAACAAUCGCCCUCACGGAAGCGGGCAUCCUGCCCGCUGCUCAUCUCAUCAAUGCUCUGAUCGUGGUCAGCGUCAUUUCUGCAGGCAACAGCUCUUUGUACGUUGCGUCUAGAACCCUGCUCUUCAUGUCUCGGAAUGGCAAAGCCCCCCGCUUCAUCGGUCGCACGAAUAGCAAAGGAGUACCAUGGGUGGCAUUGAUCUUUUCCAAUAUCUUUUCGUGCAUCGUGUUUUUAUCACAGGGUUCCAGCGCGGGUAAGGUCUAUUCUGCACUGAUUACACUUUCAGGAGUGGCUACCUUCAUCGUCUGGUCCGUGAUUUGUGUCGCCCAUAUUCGCUUCCGUCGCGCCCUGGUUGCUCAAGGACAGGAUCCCUCAACACUCCCAUACCGGGCCUCACUUUAUCCGUGGGGGACUUACUUUUCACUCGCAGCCAAUGUCUUCCUUAUCUUCUUCCAGGGAUAUACCUGCUUCUUGGAUCCAUUCAGCGCGACAGACUUUGUUAUCAACUAUAUCUUGCUGCCGGUAUUUGUGUUGUUCGCGGUUGUGUAUAAAGUUUGGAACAAGACCAAGGUGGUCAAACUGAAAGAAAUGGAUAUCUGGACAGGGAGAAGAGAGUUUGUGGAUUCGGAGGAUGAGUCUCUGGCCAAGAAGCGUCCUGAGUGGUGGUCUCGCCUUGUUAAUGUGGUGGUAGGAUAA